GCUAAUCAUAAAAAAGAUGAAUGGAACGGAACCGGAAGUUCCUGAAUGGAGUUCGGUGGGCGUGUCCGUCGCAGCCUCGCAGUUCUUUUGGGGGGUUGGUGUCCUGAAAACAAGCAUCUUCACUUCAGUCUCUUUUUUCUUCGUUAUUGACUCGUUUCUGUGGCAUUGAUUGAAAUACGCGGCGUUUUGUUGUUUGUUUUAUGUACAUGAGCUGAUUUACGACGAUUUUAAGGGAUUUUAAUUUAAACUUUUAGGCUUCUUUGCCUCUUUGUUGCAAACGCUGGGUCACGUGACCUGGAUCCCCCUAAAGAUCUAUUAUUUUUCGUUUUUAAUUGAGCAGAACUGGACAAAUCUGGGGGGAAAUUUUCAAAAACAUCCACUUAACAGCAAACACAGAAGAUUCAGAACCGAUCCGUAAACCAGUUUAACGGGAGACUCAAAUGGAGGUAGCAGGAGACUCCAUCUCAUGUUUGAUCUGCAUGGAUCUUCUGAAGGAUCCGGUGACUGUUCCCUGUGGACACAGCUUCUGCAUGGACUGCAUCAAAGCCCACUGGGAUGAAGAGGAUCAGAGGAGAACCCACAGCUGUCCUCACUGUAAGCAGACCUUCGCGUCGAGGCCGGUCCUGGUGAAGAACGGCAUGCUAGAGGAGGUGGUGGAGGAGCUGAAGAAGACCGGCCUCAGCUCGGUGUCGGGUGAUCACUGCCAUGCUGGACCUGGAGAUGUGUCCUGUGACGUCUGUGCUGAGAGGAAGAUGAGAGCUGUCAAGUCCUGUCUGGUGUGUGCAGCUUCUUACUGCGAGGAACAUCUGAAGCUUCACUAUGAGUCUCCCGCUUUUGAAAACCACAAACUGGUCGAUGCCAAGAAACCCCAGGAGAACGUCUGCUCUCUUCACGAUGAGGAGAUGAAGAUCUUCUGCCGCACUGAUCAGAGGUGUAUCUGUUAUCUCUGUCUGAUGGACGAACACGAAGAACACGAGACGGUCUCAGCAGCAGCAGAAAGAGCUGAGAAGCAGAAGAAGCUCGAGGAGACUCGAGAACAAAUCCUGGAGAGGAUCGAAGACCGAGCAAAGGAUGUGAAGAUCCUUCAACUGGAGGCGGAGAACAUCAGUGACGCGGCGGACAAAGCAGUGCAGGAAACCGAGGUCAUCCUCACUGAACUCAUUCAUCACUUCAAGAAAGCCCGUUCUGAGGUGAAGCAGCAGAUCAGAUCCCAGCAGGAAGCUGAAGUGACUCGAGUCCUGGAUCUCCAGGAGGAGCUGGAGCAGGAGAUCAGUGAUCUGAAGACCAAAGACAGAGAGAUGGAGACGCUCUCGCACACAGAGGACCACAGCCAGUUCCUGCACAGAUACUCCUCACUGUCAGCUCUCAGUCAGUCCACACACUCAUCCGGCCUCCCCCUUCGACCUCUGAGAUACUUUGAGGAGGUGACAAAAGCUGCGGCAGACACAAGAGACCAACUACAGGAGCUCCUGAGGGACAAACAGGCAGAAAUCUCCCUGACUGUGUCAGAAGUUGAUGUGUUGCUGUCAGAACCAGAACCAAAGAGCAGAGCUGGAUUCCUACGACAUUCGUGUGAGCUAACGAUGGAUCCGAACACGGCCCACCCACACCUGCUGCUGUCCGAGGACGACCGCAAAGCCACGUACAUGAAGGAGGAACAGCCUCACCCCAGCCACCCCGACAGGUUCACGGCGUGGCAUCAGGUCCUGAGCAGAGAGAGUCUGACCGGACGCUGCUACUGGGAGGUGGAGUCCAGGCGGGGUGGAGUCCGGGUCGCGGUCACGUACAGGAACAUCCGGAGGGCAGGCCGCCUGAACGAGUGCUUGCUGGGUUGCAACGACAAGUCCUGGGCGUUGUGCUGCGAACCGAACAGCUACACGUUCUGGCACAACAACAUCAAAACGGCGGUGUCUGGUCCACAGCCCUUCAGGGUGGGGGUGUACCUGGACCACGGAGCAGGUGUUCUGUCCUUCUACAGCGUCUCUGAAACCAUGACUCUGCUCCACAGAGUCCACACCACCUUCACUCAGCCGCUCCACGCCGGACUCCUGUUCUACUCUGAUGGAGACGCUGCCGAGUUCAUCAAACCAGAAAAAGUCAUCUAACCACCGGAAAAUCUACAAACGUCUCUAGUUGUACUCUGCUUAAGAGCUGUUGGGUAGAUGGAGGUGGAGUUCAUGCGUUGGACUGCUACACAAACUAGACCUGAAGAUACAGUCAACAGGGAUGUCUUUGCCAAUGUAGGGUACUCUUGUUUUUUGUUGAAAUGCAUUUGGGGUUACCUUCAAGUCCCAAGAUGUGGGCGUUGGGUCCAGGUGUUGUGAGGUUCUAGAACAGUUCUAAAACAAAAAAGACAAGCGUCUAUCAUGUCUUGUCAUUGGUCAAACUCAUUCAGUCCUUGGAGAACCAGACAACAAACCCAAAGAUAUCCAUAGUUCCAUCAUUGGACCAACUCUUGGUGAAACCGGUAUGCUCCCCACAACCUCAAGAACUCUAAUGGGUCAAUCCUGUUUGGAUGACUUUUCUUCAGAUUUUUGCAUAAAACUGGAUGGGUUUGACAGAUGGUCAGUAAAAAGUCACAAAAACUUGGAUUCAUAGACCCAACCCCGGUUGCUAGAAAUCAACGAAACACAUCCUUGCAGAAGUUUGGACCCAACAACAUUUUCUCCACUUUAGUUGAUUAGAUUUAAAAGCAAGAGAUUUUCAAACACUCAUUUUCACUAUACAUACUUUUAGAUAGUUUUUGUUUGUCUGACAGAAUGAAUUCCUUGCAUCAUCUACCAUACUAUCAUGAUAUUGUAGCUCACGAUAUCAGAUGGACAUUCUGUGGUUUUAGACACAAACUUUUUUAUAUACUUUAAGUAUAUCUUUACACAAUUGUAGUUUUUGUUUGUGACUAUUUUUACCUACAAAGUGAGAUUUGAGGUGCAUCCAGUUCCUGUUCCUCAGGGCGCGGUUGUAACCAUUGACAGCAGGACUCCUGGACGUGGUCCAGAGGCUGUUUUUCCUGCCUCUGCGACUUCCACCUGUCAAUUCACCCAUGAUUAUUCUGACAAACAGGAAGUAGGACCUGCUAUUUCCUGUAACCAUUUUACACCCAAGUUUAGGCUCCAGUGGUUACUGUCUUUCCACAAUUGUAACUCUUGAACCGUUUACAUGAUUUCAAUGGAUUAACAAAAGCAGCUUUGCACAACACUUUACAGUAGUGAAGUAUUACAUAUCGGUGAAACAGGCGUUCAGUGUUUAAAGACUCGGGUUAUCUCAUAAAAUUGAUGUUUGUCACAAGAUCACAGACAGGCCAAACACCGUCAAACACUGCUUUGUCAAUGACGGCGCACACCACUGAUUUAGCUAGCAGCAGAUUCUUUUUAAUAAGAAAACGUUAUGCCAUUACUUUAGAUGUAGGAGGUGAUUACCUUUGUUACUAACUACCUCAAGAAUUUUGCUCAGCAGGGUUUUCAGUUAGCUAACAUGAUUGAUUUAUCUUCAGCUAGCAUUAGCAUUUAGCAUAAUAUGCUUUAGGUUAUUGAAAUAGUGGCUUCAUUUUUGGAUACUUUUUUAUUGCUAUAUUAUUACUAAUGUUUAUUAUCAGUAUUUUACUCAGGGAUUCAAGAGUUUGGGGUUCCUGCUGAUUUUAGCUUGUCUCCAUAGCAACCACCGUGAUGCUGCAUGGGACUUAGCAGGAAUAUAUGAUGGAUGCAACCAAUUUCUGGUAACGAGAGCAAUAAUUAAAGCUGUGAAUAAUUCUAUUUUUUUACUUCCUGACCAUCCACAAGAGUCCCACGCGCAGGGUUGCGCAUCUGAUUUUACGCAGUUUCAUCCUUAAAACUUUACAAACUUUAAUGUGUUUAUCAAGAUUAUUAAUUCAUGGCCCUGUACUGUUCACAACACUAUAGAUGAUGUUUGAAAAACAGUUUGGAGUGAUGGAUGUGGGAGGGGCUAAAACCAUUUAAUUAUAUGAAAUAGAUAAGAAGUAGUUUUUCUCUGCAGAUUUCUUCACAAAUGAGUUAUUUUUUUUCAAAGACACUACAUGCAUUUAGCAACAUCUACUCUUUUUUUGCUUGUAUAAAAUUG